CCUUCUUGUUGACCCCGCCCUCCCCUUUCCCAAAAAGAGGAGAGGUUCAAAAUGGCGCUGUCCGUGAAGUCCGUUCUCCGCUCCGGAAGGAAUGCCGUGUCGGUGCUUCGGCGACGGGCUUUUCACAGAAGCGCCCCGGCUGCGGUUCAGGUGACGGUGCGAGACGCCUUGAAUCAGGCCUUGGAUGAAGAGCUGGAGAGGGAUGAGCGCGUCUUCCUGCUGGGGGAGGAAGUGGCACAGUAUGACGGUGCCUACAAGGUGAGCCGAGGCUUGUGGAAAAAGUACGGAGACAAGCGCAUCAUUGACACUCCAAUUUCCGAGAUGGGUUUCACGGGCAUCGCGGUGGGGGCGGCCAUGGCAGGCCUGAGGCCCAUCUGCGAGUUCAUGACCUUCAACUUCUCCAUGCAAGCCAUCGACCAGGUCAUCAACUCGGCCGCCAAGACUUAUUACAUGUCGGCGGGGCUGCAGGCCGUGCCCAUCGUCUUCCGCGGGCCCAAUGGUGCUUCGGCCGGCGUCGCCGCACAACACUCCCAGUGCUUCGCUGCAUGGUACGCUCACUGUCCGGGACUGAAAGUGGUGAGCCCGUGGAACUCCGAAGACGCCAAGGGUCUCCUCAAAUCGGCUAUCAGAGACGACAACCCAGUGGUGUUCCUGGAGAACGAGCUGAUGUACGGCGUCCCAUUUGACAUGUCUGACGAGGCGCAGUCCAAAGAUUUUACCGUCUCCAUCGGCAAAGCCAAGGUGGAGAGGUCGGGGUCCCACGUCACUCUGGUGUCGCACUCCCGCUACGUGGGCCACUGCUUGGACGCCGCCGCCGUCCUGGCCAAGGAGGGAAUCGAGUGCGAGGUGAUCAACCUGCGCACCAUCCGGCCCAUGGACGUGGAGAGCAUCGAGGCUAGCGUCAUGAAGACAAAUCACUUGGUGACGGUGGAAGGCGGGUGGCCGCAAUUUGGGGUCGGCGCUGAGAUCUGCGCCCGGAUCAUGGAGGGUCCAGCCUUCAACUAUUUAGACGCUCCGGCCACAAGAGUGACUGGCGUGGACAUCCCCAUGCCUUACGCCAAAAUCCUGGAGGACAACAGCGUCCCGCAGAUCAAGGACAUCAUCUUCUCCAUCAAAAAGACUCUCAACGUGUAAAUAACAAACAAAAAACACCCAAAUACGUUGUACAUACAGUCUGAGGUUCCCGGAAAGCUCCGCCUACUUCCUCCUGUUUAACAUAAAACCCACUUUUCGUGUUCUUCAUAAAACCUAUUUAUUUGGUCAUUUUUAUGGGGAAGGGUGCCGGAAGGACGUCGUAAAGCAGGCCGGACUUGGUUCCGGUUCUGUAUCUGUUCACUGUAUAUGACUGUUACGACAAUUAAAGAAAAACGACUUCCUGUUGU